AUGCCAGGGCUCAUCAACCGGACGACCAACGCUGCUCUCCCGCUCACUGCCUCCGAGGUCACCUCUUGCGUCAGCGGCUAUGCGUUUGGGAUGACUGCCUCCCUUACCUACGGCAACUCGGAGGACCAUCCUUUUGAAGGCCUCUUUGUCUAUCCGUUGGAUGAGUACACAACCGUGGUUGGCUUUGAAGCGGUUGUCUCCGAGCGGGUUGUGACCGUGCAAAUCAAAGACAAGGCCAGGAUAGACGAUUGCUACUUUGAUUGCUGUGGCCCCGCCAAUGGAAGGACGUUGGAAGAAGGACGCAUCGUGCUGGAUGAGGACUUGGAGAGGAUCGUCUUUGUGGCCAACGUGGGCAUCGUUCCUCCCCAGGAGAGCGUCUCCGUUUGCAUCAGCACCUCCUCCGAGCUGCGGACUCUCCCUAGCGGGGCUGUGAGGGUCCUCCUUCCAGCCGUGUGCGUCCCCAAGGUCCCCCAGAACAGCGCUGACACCACCACCACCCUCUCUGGACACCACCUUCGCUUCAGAGACAGACAUUACUGCGGUGCCACUGCUCCGGACCAAGUGGGGAAAUUCUGCCUGGCCCGUCUUCUGGAGACUGAGGCAGUGAACCCUACGGCAUAUGAGUUCAACUUCUACUUGGAGAUCCGAGGACCUUGCUUACUUGCUGGAGUCGAAAGCCCGACGCACGAGAUCCGAGCGGAUGCCGAUCCGUCUGCCAGAUCCGCCCAGAGCAUUGCGAUCACGCUGGCCAACAAACAUACCUUUGACCGACCUGUGGAGAUCCUGAUCCAUCCAAGCGAACCCCACAUGCCUCACGUCUUGAUGGAAGAGGGCGACAUGUCUCCUGCCGAGUAUGAGCAACACUUGAAGGGGCGGAAUGACUUCAUUAAAGGGACGAAGAAGGAUCCGAGCCCAGAGAAAAAGACAGAAAUUAUCCGGAAACGCCUUCAUAAGGACAUCCCUCACCAUCCUGUGGUCAUGUUGAACUUCUGCCCUGAUCUGAGGUCUGUCCAGCCCAACCUCCGGAACACCCACGGGGAAUUCAUCUUUCUUGUCGAUCGCAGCGGAAGUAUGAGCGGCGUGAACAUCAGCCGGGUCAAGGGUGCCCUGUUGGUCAUUCUGAAGAGUCUUAUGCCGACGUGUCUCUUCAACAUCAUCGGAUUUGGAUCAACCUUUAAAGCCUUGUUUCCUUCCAGCCAGACGUAUUGCGAGGAGAAUUUGGCCAUUGCAUGUGAGAGCAUUAAGAAGGUCCGCUCGGACAUGGGCGGAACCAAUGUCUUAUCGCCUUUGAAAUGGAUCAUCCGGCAGCCGAUCCACCGAGGCCACCCGCGGCUGCUUUUCCUGCUGACAGAUGGUGCCGUUAGCAACACCGGGAAAGUUCUAGAGCUCGUACGGAAUCACUCAUUCUCCACCAGGUGCUAUACUUUCGGCAUCGGGCAAAAUGCUUGCCGGAGGCUGGUGAACGGUCUGGCGGCGGUGUCCAAAGGAAGCGCGGAAUUCCUCGCUGAGGGAGAGAGGUUGCAGCCAAAGAUGAUAAAGUCUCUGAAGAAGGCAAUGGCUCCGGUUGUCAGCGACGUCUCGGUUGACUGGGUCUUCCCCGAAACGACUGAAGUCUUAAUCUCGCCAGUCAGUGCCAGCUGUCUUUUUCCAGGGGACCGCUUGGUUGGCUACAGCAUUGUCUGCGAUACAUCCCUGUACAUUUCUAACCCCAGGCUGGACAAGAGGCGGCGUUACAGCAUGCUGCAUUCCCAAGGCUCGGGCAGCUCCGUUUUCUUCCACUCGCAAGAAGAAGGCAGUGCCUCCGACAACUGGGCCUCUGCCAAGGAUCCGGAAAGUGGAUUCCCUUCCGAGAGGAGUCCCGAUCUUCUUGGCACUGCCGGAGACCCGGGAAGUGAAUCCGACGUGGACUCGGGGAUGGACACUGCAACCUCUUCGCGGCGGAGGGCAUACAGCACCAAUCAAAUCGCGGACCGCGAGCCCUCCCGGAGGGUCCCCACCGCCAGUGAUCCCAGCUGUGCCCUGAUUAAGAAUCCUCUCCGGAAAGCCCAGCUGCAGGAUCUCAGCCAGAUCGGUCCGGAACUGCAGAGCUGGGAAGCUGAGUUCCAGUCUUCUCAGCCUUUCACAGCCAGCCCCCACAUCUCUGCCACGAGAAUACGAGGCGUUGGCGCGAGGCGUCCGUCCCUGCUCCAGCAAAGUCGUCUCUCCCUGUGCCACAACUUGGACUCACCACCACCGCACCUUGGGCUCGGGCUAGCCACGCUGGAGAAGAGUUCCGCCCAGCUGGAGACCAACUCCCUCCUGGGCUCCGUCUUUUCAGAAGGCCGAAGCCCCGGAGAUCCGGAUUCUGCUCAGCACCCUUCGUUCAACUUCGAGACGGAGACGUCGUCAGACUGGGAGCUGCACGAGCUGGACGUUGGUUCUGCUGGCAGUAGCCUUCAGCGCUCCCCGAGAUCCAUCUGCAAAGCUGUGGUGAAAGGUUUGCGGAACAACGAGCCUGUCCAGUGGGAGAUCGCUUUUGACCUUGGGCCGCUUUUCCGAGGCAGAGAGAGUAAAGCGGACGAGGAGGAAGAUCUCUGGAACGAGACCUUCCACCACCUGGCCGCCAGGUCCAUCGUCCGCGACUUCGAACAGCUCACCGAGAGGGAAUGCGAAAUUGAGCACGGGUCUGGCCGGCGCUACCAGGUGAAUGCCGUGCACACAAGCAAAGCCUGCAACGUGAUCAGCAAAUACACAGCUUUCCUCCCUGUAGACCUGAGCAACAACAGUUACUUGGCAACUAUUGUUGAAUAUCCCAAUGCAGGUCCACCACUGAAACUUGGCAGCCAACGGAGUUGGGGUUCAGAUGGCAAGCGACAUCGAGGGCCGUCGGCUGGGCUGGGCCGCACCCAGUCAACCUCCGGCCAAGACGGAGCUGAUGACGGUUUCCACAGCACAAAUGUAGAAGAGAACAGCGUAUCUCCGUGCAGCACACCUUCUUCUUCAGGAUGGGAUCGCUACACUUUCCCAGAUGCGCCACUGCGAAGUCCAUCAGUUUCAUCCCAGAAAUCCAUUGAGGGUUUUUUUGCCGCCAGGUUGACCUUUAACAAAACGCGACUGCUUACCCGAGCUGCCCGCGGCUUCAUGAGUAAAUCUCUCACCAGGACCAGUGAGCCAAAUGUGGAGAGCGACAAUGAAAACGCUGACUACCUGCCCCUUGUGUCGCUUCAGCUCGCCUGCGGCUCCUUCCUCUUGAACAAGGCUUUCUGUGAAGCCAUCAACAUCCCUCUGGACAAGCUCAAGCGGACGUCGCCUUUCACCUGCCACCGGAUGGCCCUCAGCCCCUCGGCCACCUCCUGGAAAUCAGCUACCUCUGGAGAAGGCAAGAGCCCAGGGGGAGCCCCAGGCAACGCUCUCGGAGAAAACGCCAACAAAGAAGCGGGUGGUGAGGUGGGCCGGGCCCGCUCCUCCUCGGGCAGCGCAGCUGAAAGCCCCUCCGGAGCCCGGAAGGCCAAGAACAGACCCUCCCCUCCGGCCAUCACCAUCCAGCGCUUCUCCUCCCCGGAGAAUGCCCUGUCGCCGCAGGAGUCCCAGGCCGACAGCGGGAGGGGUUCCGAGUCGGACAGCUCCGAACUGCAGUCCUGGCUCUUUGACAUUGAGCUCCAGCGACAGACGGAGCCCGAGGGCAUGCUGUGGGCCACGGCCGUCGCCCUGGCCUGGCUGGAGCACAGCUCGGCCUCCUAUUUCAUCGAGUGGGAGCUGGUGGCGGCCAAGGCCAGCCAGUGGCUCAGCGAGCAAGAGUUCCCCGAAGGCCGCAGCCUGCUGACAGUGAAGGCCGCGGCCCAGCAGCUCUUUGUGUUGCUCAGACACUGGGACGAGAACCUGGAGUUUAACCUGCUCUGUUACAACCCUAAUGAUGUAUAG